AUGACACAAAGGAUAACUUACAAGUACAAUCCACGGGCUCAAAGUAAUUCUCAAACGGCAUUUGUACUGGCUGAGAGUGAGCAAUUAUCAACCUGGUUUUCAGGUCUUUUCAGGUAUUUCAUGAUUACCGAAUGGAGUGUAUGUAUACCACUAAUUAGUUACACGCGUGUGACGUCACUCUGUCUGGAAUUCUCCAGAGAAAGAUUUGAACUCCGAGAGGAACCUGGAACUACUCCGAGAUCGACAGCGAUGAAGAGUCAAGACGGCAAGCCGGGCUUUUUAGUUUACUUUUCAUGCUUGGGUUGA